CUCUCUUCACUUCAGCUUCGAAACUAAAUUUUUUGUCAUCCAACAAAAGCAGAACUAGUACUAACUCUCUCUCUCUCUCUCUCUCUCCUUUGAGGGAAUGGCCCUCGCGCCGGCGGGUAACAAACCCCCUCUUCUUCUUCUCCUCAUCCUGUUUUCAGUAUUCUGCGACGGAAAUCAACACCAGCAAUUUAUUAAUUCCUGCGGAGACAUCCACAACAUCUCCUUCCCUUUCCAAUUACAAGGCGACCCAUCCAACACCUGUAACGACAACUUCUACACUCUUUCCUGCGAUGAAAACAAUCGCACAGUCCUUCAUCUCUUAUCCGGAAAAUACUACUACGUCCAAUCAAUCGAUUACACCGACCAAUCAAUCCGUCUAGUCGACAUAGGAAUCCAAACCAACAAUAUUUGCUCCUCUUUCCCUCUCUCUUCUUUCAACCUUAGCGAUUUCGGCCCUGUGGUGCUUUUCACUUAUUCGUAUCGGAGCUCGGUCUUGUUCCUCAGUUGUGAAAAACCAGUCCAAUCUCCUACUUAUAUAAACAGGACUCGUUAUUGUAAUACCAGAGACGAUUCGGGAAAUGGGUAUAAUUCGUAUGUCGUGGCGGCCGGAGAUGAUUUUAGGGUUUGGGAUAUUGCCGAUUCGUGCCUUUUGAAGGUGUCGUACAUUUCUACGUCGCGGUUGAUCAGAGAAAGGGGAUGGAAUUUGUCGUGGUUGGAUUUCAAUAAGGAGUUGGGGUAUGGGUUUGUGGCUUCAUUCGGAUACUACGGAGGAUACUACCGAGGAUGCAAUAGAUGCAAGGAAAGGGCUUACUGCUUCGGAGAUUCUGUGAAUGUCACUGCCGUUUGCCGCGAUGCUUGCAGCCACGUAUACAGAAGCAGCUUGUGGACAGGCAACUUGUGGACAGAUAUUGUCUAUGCUGGACUCUAUCUGGUGUAUUUUAUCGUGCCGCCAGUGCCGCCAUUUUGGUAUGGACCGUCGGGGCCCUGGUUCGUACUGCACGUAAUCACAAGCACGGUCUUUGCGGUCUUUGCAGCAAGGCUUCUAUGUGUACCAUGUGUUGUUUGGUUUUUAGUCCUUAAGUUCAGAAGAAGACAUUUAUCCACAUUUGAUAGCAUAGAAGGUUUCUUACGAAGUCAAAAUAACCUCGCGCCCAUAAGGUACUCCUACUCAGACAUCAAGAGGAUGACCAAUGGGUUUAGGGACAAGUUGGGGGAAGGAGGCUAUGGAACUGUAUACAAAGGAAAGCUUCGAAGCGGCCCUCCUGUAGCAGUUAAAAUGUUAAGCAAGCCCAAAGCUAAUGGACAAGAAUUCAUCAACGAAGUUGCUACCAUUGGAAGGAUUCAUCAUGUCAAUGUUGUUCAGCUAAUUGGAUAUUGCGCCGAGAGGUCUAAGCGUGCUCUUGUGUAUGAUUUCAUGCCUAAUGGGUCUCUUGAGAAGUACAUCUCUUCUCCAGAUGCCAAAUUGUCCUUGAGUUGUAAGCAAAUGUACGAGAUUUCUCUAGGCGUGGCUCGAGGCGUUGGAUAUUUGCAUCAAGGUUGUGACAUUCAAAUCUUGCAUUUUGAUAUAAAGCCUCAUAACAUUCUCCUUGAUGAGAAUUUCACACCAAAAGUUUCUGAUUUUGGGCUUGCAAAAUUGUAUCCGACAGAUGAGAGCACUAUAACAAUGACUGCAGCUAGAGGAACCUUGGGUUACAUGGCUCCUGAGUUGUUCUACAAAAAUAUUGGGGGCAUCUCCUAUAAAGCUGACAUUUAUAGUUUCGGAAUGUUGUUGAUGGAACUAGCAGGCAGGAGAAGAAAUUGGAAUUCAUCAGCUAAUUCAAGCCAAGUUUUCUUCCCUUCAUGGGUUUAUGAUCAAUUCGUGGAAGGAAAGAACCUACAAAUUGGAGAGACAACCGAGGAGGAGAGCGAAAUGGUAAAGAAGAUGAUGCUAGUUGCUUUAUGGUGUAUACAAAUGAGGCCUAGUGACCGUCCUUCUAUGAACAAAGUUGUUGAGAUGCUUGAAGGAAAUCUCGAAUUGCUUCACACGCCUUCGAAGCCUUUUUUGUAUUCGCAGGCUAUGCCGGCUGCGAAUAAUGGAAUGAACAUAAUGUUGCCCAAUCUGUCUGGUGCUUGUUCGGAUGCUAUGACUAGUGAGAUAACUGGGCGCUAACUCUCAAGACUAAAUAUCCUAGUUUGAGGGUUUAUGCUGAUUCUAUAUGAUUUUGAUUGAUGGUUUUAAAAGACAAGACUAUCAGUUUAAUGUCAUGUGCUAUUCUGGGUGUGUUAGCAUUUGUAGGCGACUGCUUAAGCAAGCCUUGUACCUUGGUUAUGAAUCAAACAAGGGGAACAAUUACAUUGUCUAUGUUAAAGUUAUAUCAUUGUUUUUACUGGGAUCAA